UUUGCUAAGCACAGUGAAUCGUAUGUUGUUAAUUUACGGAAUUGAACAAAAAGAGGAAGAAAUCGUGCUUCAAAAUUUUGUUUCCAAUUCAUUUAAUAUCAAAGAAAACGAUUUUGUUCUAUAAUAUCUUUGAUAAGUUUUAUUAGCUUGGUCCAUCUUAACUCAAUAUCUGCCAAGAAAAAAAAAAUAUCCUCAAUAAGCAAACAAAAAUCUCUUUCUUUCUAAUGGAGGAUGUGGACGAGUUAUUUAAUUGCUUUAAUGAGACAGCAGAUAUCGAUAUUACUGAGGAACUAAUUCCACCGGAAGAAUCAGUUAUCGCAGUUGUAGACAAAGGUGGAUUAAAAGAAAAUGAGAGUCCCAGAAGUAUUGAAAAACGUGCCCGUGUUGUCAAUAGCGCUGAAGAUGCGGCUGAGGAUACUAAGCGUAUUAAGAUUACUGAGUCCAUAUUGGAUGAUAUUUGUGUGGACGCUUUGAAAUCAUGUGUAAUCGUCCAUGUUAUCAAAUCACCUGAGUCGUGCACUCACGAAGUGGCUAUAUAUCCGGGGCAAGAAUAUGUGCCUCUGCAAUAUUUUAUUGGCAAACCCGCCAAAUGUUACGCUUUUGUUUUGGAUCCUUUUCAAAAAGAGGCCAUUUUAUGCAUUGAUAACCAGCAAAGUGUUCUAGUUUCGGCUCAUACAUCAGCGGGCAAAACAGUAGUGGCUGAAUACGCCAUCGCCAAAUCAUUAAAUGCUAAACAGCGGGUGAUCUAUACAACACCAAUUAAAGCUUUAUCCAAUCAAAAAUAUCGGGAAUUUAAUGAAGAGUUCAAAGACGUAGGCUUGGUAACGGGUGAUGUGACAAUUAACCCUUCGGCGUCCUGCUUAAUUAUGACGACUGAGAUUUUGCGAAAUAUGUUGUACCGUGGCAGUGAAAUUAUGCGUGAGGUAGGAUGGGUAGUGUUCGAUGAAAUUCACUAUAUGCGUGACAAAGAACGCGGCGUAGUUUGGGAAGAGACAUUAAUAUUGUUGCCCGAUAAUGUGCGAUAUGUUUUUUUAUCGGCCACUAUACCGAACGCUCGUCAGUUUGCGGAAUGGGUGUGUCAUUUGCAUAAGCAGCCAUGUCAUGUAGUCUACACGGAUUACAGACCAACACCGUUGCAACAUUACAUUUUUCCAGCAGGUGGCGAUGGGUUACAUUUAAUUGUGGAUGAAAGCGGACAUUUUAAGGAGGACAAUUUCAACACCGCCAUGGCCGUUCUACAAAGUAGCGGUGAAGCUGCCAAAGGUGAUCAAAAAGGACGUAAGGGAGGGAUUAAAGGUGUAAAUAGUGGCCAAUCCAAUAUAUUCAAAAUCGUGAAAAUGAUUAUGGAAAGAAAUUUUGCUCCGGUCAUAAUUUUCUCCUUUAGCAAAAAAGAUUGCGAAGUUUAUGCUAUGCAAAUGGCAAAACUUAAUUUUAAUACGGCAGAUGAGAAGAAACUGGUCGAUGAGGUAUUCAACAAUGCCUUAGACGUCCUAUCGGAGGAAGACAGACAGUUGCCACAAGUUGAAAAUGUGUUGCCGUUGCUACGGCGUGGUAUUGGUAUACACCACGGUGGAUUGUUACCAAUCCUGAAAGAAAUAAUUGAAAUUUUAUUUGGCGAAGGUUUGCUUAAGGCUUUGUUCGCCACGGAAACUUUUGCAAUGGGCCUGAAUAUGCCAGCCAGAACAGUUUUGUUUACUGCGCCUCGUAAGUUUGACGGCAAAGAUUUUCGCUGGAUAUCUUCAGGAGAGUACAUACAAAUGGCCGGCCGUGCAGGACGUCGGGGUCUUGAUGAUAAAGGUAUUGUAAUCCUUAUGAUUGACGAGAAGGUGUCGCCAGGUGUUGGUCGAGAUAUCGUCCAAGGCAAAGCAGAUCCUAUCAACUCGGCUUUUCAUUUAACGUAUAACAUGGUGCUCAACCUCCUACGAGUUGAAGAAAUCAAUCCAGAAUAUAUGCUGGAGCGGUCAUUUUUUCAAUUUCAAAACCAAUCUUCUAUUCCAGAAUUGUACAAACAAGUCCAAGAAAAACAGCAAGAACUGGAUAAGUACAGGGUCAACGAGGAGCAUAGCGUCGUUUCUUAUCACCACAUACGUACACAAUUGGACUCCUUGGGUAAAGAAUUCCGAAAAUGGAUAACCAAACCUGAAUAUUUAGUUCCAUAUCUUCAGCCCGGCCGUUUAGUAAAAGUGCAAAGUGAAUCCGACGAAUUCGAUUGGGGGAUUGUAGUUAAUUUCAAGAAGCAAUCGAACAAUACUCGGAAUCCUCUGAAAUCUGAAACUGUGGUCAUUGUAGAUGUGCUCCUGCACGUUACAGAAGAAUCGGCAAAAAACGAUGAACCCAAACCCUGCAAAAAGGGACAAAAUGGGAAUAUGGAGGUUGUGCCUGUUGUUCACAAACUCAUAUCCCAUAUUUCCUCACUACGCGUAUACUACCCGAAUGAUCUAAGGCCAGCCGAUAAUCGACGCAGCGUUCUCAAAACUAUUAAUGAAGUUAAAAAACGUUUUCCUAAGGGCCCCCCACUUCUCAAUCCAAUUACAGAAAUGCAUAUUAAAGAUGCAGAGUUUAAAAAUAUUGUUGACUCGAUUCAUAAGUUCGAAGAAAGACUUUUUGCUCAUCCUCUACACAGAUCUUCCAAUUUGGACUGCGUGUACACUCUUUACAAAGGAAAGUUGAAUGUACUAGAGCAAUUGAAAAUUGUUAAAACCAAGUUAAAAGAGGCUCGCAGUCUAUUACAAAUGGACGAGUUAAAACACCGUAAACGGGUUUUGCGACGCAUGGAAUAUUGUACUGCCGCUGAUGUUAUUGAAUUUAAAGGGCGCGUGGCUUGCGAGCUUAGCUCAGCCGAUGAGCUGUUAGUAACUGAAAUGAUAUUCAACGGAAUUUUCAAUGACUUGACCACUCCGCAAACAGUGGCAUUGCUGUCGUGUUUUGUAUGCGAUGAGAAAUCUGCUGAAACGAUAAAAUGUGCAGAAGAACUUUCUGGUCCUUUGCGUUCUAUGCAAGAGUUGGCGAGAAGAAUUGCUAAAAUCUCAACUGAAUGCAAAUUGGAAUUAGAUGAAGAAGCUUAUGUAGAGAAAUUUAAACCAUUUCUCAUGGAUGUGGUUUUGGCUUGGUGUAAAGGCGCAUCGUUUCUUAGUGUAUGUAAAAUGACCGACAUAUUCGAAGGAUCUAUAAUACGAUGUAUGCGUCGUCUUGAAGAAUUAUUGCGACAAAUGUGUCAAGCUGCUAAAACAAUUGGUAGCACAGACUUAGAAAAUAAAUUUUCGGAGGGUGUACGUCUACUGAAACGUGAUAUUGUUUUUGCCGCAUCUUUAUAUUUAUAACGCAAAGAGACCGAUAUUUGCAUUUCAUUACAAUUCGCUUGUUUUUCUUUUAAUUUACUCC